AUGUCUACACCCACGCCGAAAGAAGGCACGCCAGCCGCGAAACCUCGACUCAAGAUUAACGUCAACCGAUCCUCAUCCUUCGUUGCCGAUGCAAACACAACUGCCACACCAUCAGCCUCCGUCCCGGCCUCGGCCACGGCAGCGUCAGGUGCUGUAGCCCCUACCUCAACGCCGACAGAAGGAGGUCGCAAAGUGAAGCUGAAGAUCGGGAAAUCACAACCUUCGACACCCGCUGAACAACCCCCGACCAAGACAAAAGCUGGAAGGCAGCCUAAACCCACACAGAAACUCGUCGAGAGUAAGAAGCGUGCGCAUGAUGAUCUGGAUGAUGAGUUGGGCUCGGCGCAUCCGACAACUAAGAUUAAACUCAAGCCUACAAAGUCAGGACUCACUCCGACGGUGGUGGUGAAGCCAAAGGGACGCGCACCAGUUCACCCUCCUGGAGAUGGUUACGACUCAGAAGCGAGCGACAGAGAAAAGGACCCGUCGAUCGAGGAGCAGUUUGUUCUAAGGAUGAUGCCAGGAGAGCACUGUGAUUAUGUUCGAUGGUGUAUGGAGAAUGGGAAAAUGGGCCUUCCACGGAGUCAAGGAGGAGCAGAUAUCCAACUCAAGUUUUUUGAGGAGGAUACCAGAAGGGCGGUCGUGACAGUCAAGGGCCAGCACUUUGCCGCUGUUAUGGUAGACUUACCAACGAUCACCGAGGCGAUGAAAACGUGGGACAGAAAGUCAUUUCUCAAAUCCGCUGACAUCUGCCAAAUGCUUCUGGUCUACGCCAGAAUUUCUAGCGAGGCCGAGGCCAGGGAAACGCCUCUACCAAGCAUGAUCGACCAGCAUUUUAGAUGGCCACACGGCCUAACACCACCCAUGCACGAUUGUAUGAACCGCCGAUUUGCAAAGACCAUCAGUCGUAAGGAGAUUGAAGACAAGGAAGCAGAAGUCGAGCGCUUGCUCGCCGAGGACGCUAAGGCCGGCUCGACGCGCUGGGAAUGGGUCGAUGAGAGCAAAGACGACGAGGAUGAGGAUGCCGACGGAGAGAUAGAUGACACCAUGGAGGACUACUUCCAAAACCAGGACGCAUUGUUCGAUGAAGAACAAGGAGACGACACGCUAGAGGCCGAUCUCGAGGCUGCUUUCGCUAAUGGCGAAGUAAUUGCCGAGACUGCUGCCACUGGUCUGGAUGCAACGACGCCUAUGACAACCACACAAGUCAACACGCCUGCGCCUCUACAAGAUAGUAUCGAGUCAGACGAGUCAGAAGAAGUUUCAGACGAUGACGACGAUGAUGACGACGACGAUCUGGAUGACGAUGCUCGUGCCCAGCGAGAUGAAGAGCAGGGUGUCAAGGAUAUUAUCAAUGACCUCAAGAAACAGCUGGGUAACAAGGAAGCCGAGCUGGCACGCACUCAGAACAGGAUCUUGAAGACUCGUAUUGAACAAACCAUUAAGCAGCUGAAGGCAGAGAUCGAGCUCAAGAAUUCGUCUAUCGGUAUUGAGACGGAUGAUUAG